AUGAUGUUAAGAGGAAACCUGAAGCAAGUACGCAUUGAGAAAAACCCGGCCCGCCUUCGAGCUCUUGAGUCCGCGGCAGGCGAGAGCGAGCCGGCGGCCGCCAUGGCCCUCGCGCUGGCGGGGGAGCCGGCGCCACCUGCUCCCGUGCCCCCGGAGGACCACCCCGAUGAAGAGAUGGGAUUCACCAUUGACAUCAAGAGCUUCCUCAAGCCGGGCGAAAAGACGUACACGCAACGCUGUCGCCUCUUCGUGGGGAACCUGCCCACAGACAUUACGGAGGAGGACUUCAAGAGGCUCUUCGAGCGCUACGGCGAGCCCAGUGAGGUCUUCAUCAAUCGGGACCGUGGCUUUGGCUUCAUCCGUUUGGAAUCCAGAACACUGGCUGAAAUUGCAAAAGCAGAGCUGGAUGGCACCAUUUUGAAGAGCAGACCUCUCCGAAUUCGUUUUGCUACACACGGAGCAGCCCUAACUGUCAAGAACCUUUCGCCGGUUGUUUCCAAUGAGCUGCUAGAGCAAGCAUUUUCCCAGUUUGGUCCUGUAGAGAAAGCCGUUGUGGUUGUGGAUGAUCGUGGUAGAGCUACAGGAAAAGGUUUUGUAGAAUUUGCAGCAAAACCUCCUGCACGAAAGGCUCUGGAAAGAUGUGGUGAUGGGGCGUUCUUGCUAACAACGACCCCUCGUCCAGUCAUUGUGGAGCCUAUGGAGCAGUUUGAUGAUGAAGAUGGCUUGCCGGAGAAACUAAUGCAGAAAACCCAACAAUAUCAUAAGGAAAGAGAACAGCCGCCACGUUUUGCUCAACCUGGGACCUUUGAAUUUGAGUAUGCAUCUCGAUGGAAGGCUCUUGACGAAAUGGAAAAGCAGCAGCGUGAGCAGGUUGAUAGAAACAUCAGAGAAGCCAAAGAGAAACUGGAAGCAGAAAUGGAAGCAGCUAGGCAUGAACACCAAUUAAUGUUAAUGAGGCAAGAUCUCAUGAGGCGUCAAGAAGAACUCAGACGCUUGGAAGAACUCAGAAACCAAGAGUUACAAAAACGGAAGCAAAUACAACUGAGACAUGAGGAAGAGCAUCGACGCCGUGAGGAAGAAAUGAUCCGACACAGAGAACAGGAGGAACUGAGGCGACAACAAGAGGGCUUUAAGCCAAACUAUAUGGAAAAUAGAGAACAGGAAAUGAGAAUGGGUGAUAUGGGUCCCCGUGGAGCAAUAAACAUGGGAGAUGCAUUUAGCCCAGCACCUGCUGGUAACCAAGGUCCUCCUCCAAUGAUGGGUAUGAAUAUGAACAACAGAGGAACUAUACCUGGCCCACCAAUGGGUCCUGGUCCUGCCAUGGGACCAGAAGGAGCUGCAAAUAUGGGAACUCCAAUGAUGCCAGAUAAUGGAGCAGUGCACAAUGAUAGAUUUCCUCAAGGACCAUCAUCUCAGAUGGGAUCACCUAUGGGGAGUAGAACAGGUUCUGAAACCCCUCAAGCACCAAUGAGUGGUGUAGGUCCUGUUAGUGGUGGUCCUGGUGGUUUUGGUAGAGGAAGCCAAGGGGGCAACUUUGAAGGCCCUAAUAAGCGUCGUAGAUAUUAAACAUUCUUUCAUUCCUGGCUACUUAGAGAAAAAAACCGCAGUGGUAUGCCUUUACACUUUUACUUGUUACCUGGAAAAAUGGUUUUAUUGUUAAUGUAUGUAGACUUUAAAGUUUUUUUUUUUGUAAAACGAGGUUUUUGUAUUUUUCUUUAUUCAUACAUAAGCUUUGUAGAUUAGAAUGGUAAUGGUGAUGCUCAUCAUUGUGAAUGUUAAAAUGUGUUUGUGACUUUAGCUACAUAUAAGUAUGCCAUAGAACUGUGAAGUCUAUGUAGUUACUUAAUCUCAAUAAAGAAAUCAUUUUCGAUAAUUUACAAAUGUUAUUAGUAGUAUUCUCUCAUAGUUUUACUAAACUUUGUGUAACAGUAAUACUUUGUUUGCUUUAAUUAAUCCCAACCAUUUAAAAAUGAAAAUGAUUUUCUGCUUUUUAGUUUUUGCAAGUAGCACUGAAGAUAGAAGCUUAGUGAAAGCUGAUGUCAGUAAGGGGUGGAUAGAAUAGUACAUUGGGGAGGGAUGUGGGAAUGGGUUUACAUUUGUAUAAACCAUUGAUGUUCUUUCUGUGAAAUCAGAGUUGCUGUCUACAUUUCAUAUAAAUUUUGAAUAUUCAAAUAUUCUGAGAAGGAAUAUUAAGGAUAUCUUUGUCCUGUGCUGAUUUUUUUCAAAUAAACCUUUUGAAUCUUGGAAAAAUAAAAACUGUUUGGAGGCAAAUCUCUUUUGCUUAUAAAAUAAUGUUUAUUUUUAAUCUUAUUUGCCAUUAUUUGGUGUCAGUAUCUAGAUCCUAACCCUUUAAGUUUUCUUUUAAAAUCAAACAGUACUGUUAGGUUGGAUGUUAAGUGAGGAUUUGGUGUGAUUUAGAAGAAAUUAGGCAUUUCUUGAGAAUGUUGUUUAUAGAAGUACUAAAGAUGGAUUAACUUUGCAGUGUUGUAAAUAUCUUCCUGUAGUUUGGUAAGUCUCUCCAGUAAACAUGUCUGACAGAGCUAGUUGUGUUUGUUUCCAAGGAAUACAGUUCAAGUGGUGAUCUUUAUUUAAAAAAAAGGGGGGGAUUAAUUUGAGAAUGGCUAAGGUCAUUGGAAUCAGAUUAGAUCCCUUUACUGUCAAAUAGGUAUUGUGAAGUUUGAUUUUCGGUACUUGGAAGAAACGGAUUUUAUUACAUUAUAAUUGUUAUUCUAAAAGUCCUUGCUAUAUUUCAAAUUUUGUAUGUCAGCCAUGUUUAAUUUAAAAUUACAUUUAAGGAAUUAUAUAUUUACCUUAAACCACAAAUCUAAUGCAUCAUCCAUUGAUCAUAACAGUUAUUUCUCACAUAACAUUUCAAUGUGUUUACUGUAUUAUGCUUUUAGCAUUUUAAUGAAAAAUACACUGCUGUUUUGAAAUGAACAGUAUGUAAAAAUUAACUCAUUUUUGCAUGGUAUUAUGUUUAUGCUGGAAGGCAUACUUUGUAAAGAAAUAAAUUCGUUAAUUUAAAAUCUUGCAUAUAAGCAGGUGUAAAGCAAAAUUGAGAUGCAUUCUUUUGUAACAUUUCUCUUGUGUACUAUUUCACAUAUUUUUUAGACACAGCUGUAUGGAUGGAAUUAUUUUCUAAAAUUUGCGGUUUUCGUAGGCUUUUGUUUCUUGGCAAAUCUUUGAAAACAUGAUUUGGAGAUUGUAAAUAAUAGUCAAAAAAGACUGUUCUCAUCACAUUUUCCACGUAUAUGAGUUGGCAGGGAGUGGAAUUUGUUUUAAUUAAUUAAUUGCUGUGUAGGGAGUUUUAACAUUAACUAUAAUUUUUAAAUGAUAUCUGUUACACCUAAAUAUACCUUUCCCAUCAUCUAUAUUUUUAUUCAUAUAAUCCUAGGUAAUUGCUAGCACUGUUUUGCUUCAAAGCUGAAUUAAGAGUGGGAAAAACUUGAUCCUUUGAUGUUAAUACCAAGCUGUCUUUGACCAAGGCUGUGAAAUUCUGUAACAUUGAUUCAAGAACAUUUGAAAGCCAGUGCACAAAGAGAUGUCCUAAUCUCCUGAACAUUCUAGUGUCCGGCUCAACUCUGGCUCCAAGAACAGAGUUCUACACAGCUUUUUCCCUGCAUCAAGAAAAUCUUUGUUCCAGUACUUAUCAAGUUUACCCUGGGAACAGUCAGCUUCUGAGUGACAGUCAAGUGGAGCAUCUGUGAACUCCCAGUUAUUCAGUUUUUAGUAUAAACAACUUUGUGGCUGGUUCAGUCAAUAUUUUUUCUUGUGAAUUAGUAUACGUACUGGGGAAGAUAUUUGAGUGUCAUUUGCUUAAAAGCAGUAGAUAUAAAAAUAAUAGUAUUAGCUUUUCUAAAUAAGUGUGAAUUUGUCAUAUGCUACCAUAAUUCUUUCCAUAAAAAGGUAAUAUGAAACAAUCUUAGAAUUAUAUCACAAUAUUAUUUUUCUUUUUGUGUCAUGAAUUGAAAUACUGAGUUUAAAGUCUGUAGGAUUUAGAUUUCAUAUGCUAUUAGUAUGUAAUUAAUGUACAUAAAAUAAAGGAACACCCAUUUUCCUAAUUAUUUUGUCAAAAUUUCCCCAUUUUUGUUUUGAAGAUAAAUAAAUUGGUUUUCUUGAUGACAGAUCUAGUUUUUUUGUUUUGUUUUUGUUUUUUGACAGAUCUAGUUUUUAAAGAACUUUUGGUUCACCCAUAUUUCAUAAAAUCCAAUUUGUUAUUCCUUGAAUUUUUGGAUUUUUCUUUUGAAUAUGAGUACUGAGCAUUCAGUGAAAGAAAUUAAAUAUUUGUUUUUAACCCAACAGUAUCAGUAAUGUUAGGGAAAAAACCUAUUUUCACCAGAAUUGCCAUUAAUAUAAGAAAUAGAAGUUAUCAAAAAGGAAUUAAUGGAAUGUUGGAUCUUGUUUCUCAAAUACUAAUUGAAAUUACAUCUUUACAUUUUAUUCAAAAACAUACUUGAACUUUCAGUAACUUGGUGUGUAUAUGUAAAGUCUAUAAUAAUUAAAGUAUUAGUGUGAAUGAUUAAUGGUCAUUAAUUAAUAUUUGGGGGUUUGGUUGAUAAAUUACAACCUAGAUUCUGAAUGAGAAAAAGAUUCGUGUGUGAUUGAAAUAAGUGUGUGAUUUUAAAAAAGUGAAUAUGAAGUUAAUGUUUAAACCUUUCUUAAAAGGUUUAAAAUGUAGUGUUAAAUGGGACUCUCAAAUAAAAGGGAUACAUUAUUUUGCAAAAAUAGAGGAAAUUUUCUGGGGAGUACUGUGGUAUUUAAAUGUUUUGUGUGUGUUAUUGUGUUAUAGUAUCUAGUAAUAUGUUAAAAUAUGUUCCUGAAAUAUAAGAGAGUGCUAAUGAUUUGAAAAGUCAGACUUACUAUUUUCAAAAAUAAGUUAGUGAACACCCACAUAUCUGACUCCUAAAUUAAAGAGUUGUAAAUAUGUUCCUGUGCUUACUUCAUCAGUAGAUAUUUGUAGCCAUGGACUUACUUGGGGCAGGGUGGAGGGGAGAGGUGGAAAGGAAGAAAACCAAUUUAUUUAUCUUCAAAGUAAGUAGCACGUCCAUCACUUAAGUUGAAUAGACCCAUGUGGGUUUAUUUCAUCCUAAACAAAUGAUGAUUAAAUAAAUAAAUCGAGAGUAGUGUCGUACUUUCAAGAGCAUUGUUUCCUUUCUUGCACCUUUCAGAACUAAAUUUCGAAAAAUAGGAAAUAAUUUUAGUGUGCUCAUUUUAUAUAAUUGUUUUUCACAGUUGUGUAAAAUGAAACACACAAAGCUUCCCAGUUGAAUGUGGACAAGUAAUUUAUAGAACGUCACUCUGGUUAUUGAAAUAGUGAAGAAUUUCAGAAUUUUUUUAGUAUCCGUUCUUAAAUUUUUUUAAUAGUAUCUGAUUAAAAUCUAUUAUAUAUUAGCUUUUUUGUCAAAAGCCCUGUCUUCUAAGUGUAAAAAAACUUGAAAUUUUGUUUUCUUGUUUACUGAAGGAAGUAUUAAUAGUUGACGUUUGAAUCUUAAAAGACUGAAUAAUUAAAGGCACAACCAGGAACACUGUUACUUUGGGAAUAUUACUACUUGCCUUUUUCUAUAAAAUCAUGUAUAGUUUAUAAAUAUCUUCAAGGGGUUCCUAUUGGUUGAAACUUACUAUUUGAUUAUUUUUUUAUUUGCCUGGUGGAAUCAGUGGAAUGUUCUUUACUUUAUGAUGCACAGUUUUCCUUUUCAAAAAGAGAAGCCUAUAUUUUCUAGAUGGAGUAUACUGCAUUAUUUAAAGUAAUCUAGCCAGAAUUUGUAGUACACAUUUUUAAAAAAUUUGUUUUUCAAGUAUAUUGUUUUAUGGUUUGAAUCACUGUCACCUCUUACCAGUUCUUCCCUCUGCAAUAGAUACUAGAUUUUGUUGAUUGUGUUUAUAUAAAAAUCUUAAAUUAGAAUUACUGUUUGUCUUUCUGAGUUAAAUGGAUUUUAAAAGAUGGUAUUCUGCUUAUACGUGUACACAGAAUGUCAGUUCUGUUUUAUACAAUAUAAUCACCCAGGUUUCAUGUGAGGCACUUUAUCAAAGUUAAAGACUAAUUUUAGUAGGAUUAGGUCGAAUUAAGAAGUGUACUUAGUAGGAAUACAUGAUUUUUUA